UAUGUACGCGAGUGUGGAUCGCAAACGGAAUUGAGGCAAUACGUAGUCUUCCAGUUACCGUCGCGUGGAGCUUUCGUUGGACUGUUGACGCGACAGCGGACACGGACGUGAAUUUGAAUCUGAAUCUGAAUCUGAUUGUGAAUGUGGACGUGGACGUUCCUUUACCGUUCUGCCCACCAAGAUGAUGUUCACCCGCGCCCAAGUGCGCAAGCAGAAGACAAACAGCGCCAACAGCAGCCAGCGUACGCGCAGCUCCGGCACCUCGUCGCGUCUCCAGGGUCAUGAUUUGCGCUAUAAGCCGAGCUCAUCCAGCAGCAGCGGCGCUGGCAGCGGACUCAGCGGGUCCAGUGCGAGCGGUGCACGCCGUGAUCGUGACCGCGAACGGGAACGUGACUGUGAUGAUCACUAUAACAAUCACUAUCAUUAUGGCAAGCAGCAUUCCUUCGAGCUACCUCGCCAGCACUCCAAAGAGGAGUCGUACAGCAGAGACAGAGACAGGGACAGGGAUAGUGGAGUGGGCGGUGGUGUUGGUGGUGCUGUUAGCUGCGGCUAUGUGGAUCGACGUACGCGACCGCGCAGCAUCACGAAUCGCCGCGGCGCCAUCAAACACCAGAAAACCCACGAUAUCAAUGGACAUCGCUUUGUGGCCAAAUUCUUUCGACAGCCCACGUUCUGUGCGUUCUGCAAUUUAUUUCUGUGGGGCUUCGGCAAGCAGGGCUACCAGUGCAUCAUUUGUCAAACCGUUGUGCACAAAAAAUGCCAUGAGAAGCUGCUCGGCAAGUGUUCCGGCUCCGUCUUCAACUCCGCCAGCACAAUCCUGCUGCGCGAACGGUUCAAGAUCGAUAUGCCGCACCGAUUCAAGCCGCAUACCUUCAUGUCGCCGACGUUCUGUGAUCAUUGCGGCUCCCUGAUGGGCGGUUUCUUCAUACAGGGCCUGAAGUGUGAAGAAUGUGACGUGAAUUGUCACAAGAAAUGUGAACGGCUCACGGCCAAUUUAUGCGGCGUCAAUCAGAAGCUCAUCGUAGAGGCGCUCAAUCACGUAAAGCGAGGCGCACGUGAGGCACGAGACUCGCCGAGCACACCGCCCAGCUGUAAUCCUGCCUAUAAGAUAGAUCCCAACGAUGAACACGAUGAAACAUCAUAUACAUAUUCACAAUUCCAAAAAUCCGGACGUUUCACCGCGCCAGCAACAGUAAUACCUAGAUUUAAGAACUAUUCGGUAGAUGAUUUUCAUUUUCUGGCCGUGCUGGGCAAGGGCAGCUUUGGCAAGGUGCUGUUAGCUGAGCUGCGUGAUACGACAUAUUACUAUGCCAUCAAAUGCCUUAAGAAGGAUGUGGUCCUUGAGGACGACGAUGUUGACUCCACGCUAAUUGAACGCAAAGUUUUGGCGCUGGGCACCAAGCAUCCGUAUCUGUGCCAUCUAUUUUGCACAUUUCAGACAGAGAGCCACUUGUUCUUUGUCAUGGAAUAUCUGAAUGGCGGAGAUCUCAUGUUUCAUAUACAGGAGAGUGGACGAUUUUCAGAGGAGCGCGCUCGUUUCUAUGGCGCUGAAAUAAUAUCAGGCCUGAAAUUUUUGCACAAGAAGGGCAUCAUAUACAGGGAUCUCAAAUUGGAUAACGUAUUGCUCGACUAUGAGGGUCAUGUGCGUAUUGCAGAUUUUGGUAUGUGUAAGUUACAAAUAUAUUUGGAUAAGACGGCCGAUAGUUUUUGCGGCACACCCGAUUAUAUGGCGCCCGAAAUCAUCAAGGGCGAAAAGUACAAUCAAAAUGUCGAUUGGUGGUCGUUCGGUGUGCUGCUCUACGAAAUGCUCAUAGGCCAAUCGCCAUUCAGUGGCUGCGAUGAGGACGAAUUGUUCUGGUCCAUAUGCAAUGAAAUUCCAUGGUUUCCGGUCUAUAUAUCAGCCGAGGCAACGGGCAUACUUAAGGGCCUGCUGGAGAAGGACUAUACGAAACGUAUUGGGUCACAGUAUAGUCCAGCUGGUGAUAUAGCAGAUCAUUUAUUCUUCAGGCCCAUCGACUGGAAUCUACUAGAAAAGCGGCAAAUUGAGCCGCCAUUCAAGCCCCAAGUGAAACAUCCGCUGGAUACGCAAUAUUUCGAUCGGGUAUUUACCAGAGAACGUGUUCGUCUAACGCCCAUCGAUAAGGAAAUACUCGCGUCCAUGGAUCAGAAACAAUUUCACGGCUUUACCUACACAAAUCCGCACAUCACCUUGGACUAGAUGCCCAAGUAUAGAUAUUUGUAGUCAAUGUGCUGGCCAUAGACCGUAUAUAUUUAGAAUAUUUAUUUUGUAAUAUUAACUAUUUAAAUUCAGGAACCUAACCGCCAAGGCCAUAUCCCGAAAAUUACUUCAUAGAGCAACAGUAUUUGUAUAUGUAUGUAUAUAUAUCUAUUAUAUGAUUUAUUCACUAUGUUUUUCUCUAAGUGUAAAAAAUUAUUUUCUAUUUUUUUUUUUUUUUUUUUUUUGUAUAUGCGUUUGCAUAUAAAUAUGCGCAUUAAUAGGGUUACUUAAAUGUAUCAAUGUGCAGAUUCCUAGCUAAGUAAAGCUGAGCCAACUAUCGUCCCAGAUCGAACUAUACAUACAUAUGUAUAUGGAAAUCUGAGUUGAUUUUGGCCAUUGCAGUUACAAAGUUACGAAUACGUUUAUUAUGAUAGUCACUUAGCGGUAAAUAAACAUACAUAU